UACUCGUGCAUUUACGGCAGAGCUCUCCACCACACGGAAGAAAGCUCUAAGCUAGCUGCCACAAACACGCAGGGAUGUAAAGCUCGUCUAUCACGUCGUCUUAUGUUUUGUUUUCAGUAAUUUAUCGAUACAUUGUGGAAAAACGGAGGAACUUACACCUUUUUUUUUUUUACCUGCUUCCAACAUUAAAUCCGUGAACAUGGCUUCGUGCGUUCCCUUCCAGACACAGUUAUCCUCCAUAAUGGAGGUCCUGGUGAAGGCAGCAGUGGCACAAAUCUCCAAGCUGGUGGAUGACAAAUGUGCCUUCUUGCAUCUGGAAAUAUCCCGCAAACAAAGCGAGAAUGAGAUGCUGAAGAGGAAGCUGCUGCUGAUGGAGAGCAAGAAUGCGCAGCUGCAGCGGGGAUUCGAAAACUACAUGGAUCGAGGAACUGAUUUAGGAAGAAACGUUUCACAUCCCACUAGAGACUUAAAGUUUCCUCAGAUUGAAGGGUCCAGUGUUUCCUUCACAAUUAAGGAAGAAAGUCCAGAUGAGGCGCUGUGGAUCAGUGAUUCUGCUGCAGCCAUUGGCAGUGCUGUCCCGUAUCCUGCUCAGGAGAGCCAGCAGGUCAUCCAUCCGGAUGUUACCAGACUCAAGCCUGCAGAGUUCAGCGGCCCGUUCAGCUCCGGCCAGCCGCCAGUCCACAUCAGCAGCCUCCAGUUCACAGUGAAGACAGAGAAGGAGGAGGACCAGCUGUCCUUCAGACAGGACGGAUGCCAGCACCGCGUGGGGAAGCAGACUCCCACCGCUGUCGACUAUCCCAUGGACGAGCGGGAAAGUCAGCUUUGGUCAUCGAUCAUCGAAGGGAAUGAAAUCGACGCCGGGUUUCCUGAUUUCUCCAGCGUGGUGGAGGAAUAUUCCAGCUCCUUCUCUGAGCACUCGGAUGCCACGAACAUGGCGUCCAACACCAGUAAGUCGCCCGGCGUCCAGGAGCAGUGCAACGGGGUGUACGGCGGCGAGUAUCAGAAGGACGCGCAGCUGUCGCAUUUCCAGCCCGGAGUGCAGGACAAGCAGAAGGAGCAGCUGUUCCUGCAGCGGAGCAGCUCCCACGCCACCCAGCUGGGCCCGCCGCAGGAGGAACAGCAGAGGGAGGCGGGCGCCGAGGACGGAGUGAACGCCACCCAGCCGGCUAACGCCUUCACCACCAGCUGCUUCUACACUCACCCCCCCCACAAACCCGUCGCCCCUGUUUCCCGCGGCUACGCCUGCUCCCAGUGCGGCAAGUCCUUCAGCCGCCUGCACCAGUUCAAGCUGCACCUUCAGAGCCACAGGAGGAAGCGCACGUUCUGGUGCAGCGUGUGCGGAAAGAGCUUCCAGUGCUCGUCCCACCUCAGCAUCCACCACCGGACGCACACGGGGGAGAAGCCGUACGGCUGCGGACAGUGCGGGAAGCGGUUCACGCAGCAGAGCAGCCUGCGGGUGCACCAGCGCACACACAGCGGCGAGCGACCCUACAGCUGCUCGCAGUGCGGGAAGUCCUUCAUUAUGAUGCACCACCUGAAGCGACACAGGAUCAUCCACACCUACAGCUGAGGCGCCGGCGGCUGCCAGAACCAAAUGAAAGAAGCCAAUGAACCACAGCUUGUUUGUUUGUUUGUUUGUUUUACUGAGCAGAAUCCAUCUGGGCUUACGACAGAGUGUUAGGGCCAUGCUAAAAAAUUAUUUAAAAAACACAUUUAUGGGAAUAAAUUUAUAAUAUUAUGAAAAUAAAUUCAUACAAGAAUAAAGUCAAAAUAAUAGGAGAAUAAUGUCAUAGUAUUACAAGACUAAAGGCAUAAUAUUAUGACUUUAUUAUUAUAUUAUUUUGACUUUAAUUUUGUACAACUUUAUUCUAUAAUAUGACUUGAAAUCCUGCGUUUUUUCUCAUAUUUAUUUUAUUCUUGUACAAUUUUACUCUCAUAACAUGAGUUUAUUGUCAUAAUGGCGACACCAUUAUCAUGAAGUCAGUAUGAGACUUUAUACAGAAUAAAGUUGUAUUUUUAUUCUCGUGCAACUUUAGUCUAGUAAUAUUAUGAAUUUUCUCGUAUUAUUUCGAUUUAAUUCUCAAAAUACUUUAUUCUCAGAUUACUAUGCCUUCAUUCUCUUAUUUUUUACAUUUUGUCUUAAUAUGGCCUUAAUACUCCGUCGUAGGAUCUGCUUUUUGUCUUAUGAUAAUAAAAAUGUGAGUGAGUUGUGUGAGAAAUGUCUGAAGCUAGAAAUCCAAAAAAAAAAGAAAAAAAAAAAAAAAGAUGUGGGAUCCUCAAACAAAACCUUCCACCUUUGACUGUUACAGAGAAUCUAGAACAGGGCUGUCCAAACCUUUUGUCAUCAAAUCAGAAGUACAUAGAGGCCAUGGAAAUAGAAAAACUAUAAUCAGGCUAAAACGUCCACUUUUUUUGUUUGUUUUUGUUUUUUUUGUAGGAAAGGAAUGUUAUCGUAUUUAAAAAAAAAAAAUCCUGUUUGCCCUAUUAAAGGAAAGGCAUUUAGUAAAAUUUAUUCUCAAUUAUAGGAACAUAAUUUGUUUCAAUACGUUUGCUACAUUUAGCCAAGUUUAUAAGUAAACUAAAAGCUUCAGCAAAGUGAGCUUUUCACUAAAACUCUUACUUCUGCUUGUUAAAGCUUUGAUAUAAACACAUUAAUAAUUUGUGCUGCACUUCACAUUUUUCAUUGCAAGGAAAUUUUAUCGGUAAUAAUUUUGCUCCGAUUACAGAUAAAAACAUUUAUUUUCUGUCAUCCAGUUGUGCUGAACCGGCCAAAUUUGUAUCAAUCUUCAACUGCAGUUGAGCGCCGAAUAAAAUCGAUGCAAGGGCCACAGUUGGCCCCUAGGCCACACUUUGGACACCCCUGAUCUAGAACGUGUUACACACUCCUGCCUGAGAAGCCAGAUUGCUGCAAAAAUGAGAUCGUAUAAAAUAUUUAGAAUUUUUUUUUUUUCUUAUUUCAGGUAAAAUUUACACAAUUAGACUUUCAAUAAACCUGAUUAGAGUAAGAAAGUUACCAACAAACAUUGAAAAUGUUCUGGAUCUUUUUAUUUAGUUCCAACAUUCAGUCUUCUUUGGUUGCAGUUUGUCAACCUGCACCGUUUAACUUGCAGAAGUUCUCCUAUUUUAUCAGGUUGUGAGAACAAAUUUCAUCCACAUUCCUUGUUUUUUAAAAUUCUUCUCCAAUUUGACAAAAAAUCUAUUUCAGUCUGAAGUUAAGUACCAUGCUGCUGCCUCCACCGUGUUUUACUGUUUGAUGGCGCUCUUUUGGUGACAUGUCUGUGCCAAACCUCUGCUCCAUUGGACCAAAACUCGCUCCUCCGAAAAGCAUAAAUACAGUCAUACAAUAAAUAGGAACGUUACUGAGAAGCUCCUUUAUUUCAGUAACUCAACUCAAACCCUUUACAUAAAUAGACACAGAUUUUUGUUUUUAAAGCUUAUAUUUUUAUCAACUAUGAUUUUGCACUUAAAGUUAAUGAAAACAAAACAUUUAAGAUUAAAAUUUGACUUCAGAUCAAUAAAAAACACAUUAUUAAUACAUAAUUGAGGGCUAAAUGAAAACUAUUAAGUUUAAAAAGUUACUUUUAAACUGAUAAAUAAGCCUCAUCCUAACAUUGAUUCUAAUUUCUCAGGUGAGUCGUCUUCGAAAUGCUUUAUCUGACUUCAGCAGAGGUGUGUUGAUGCACCUGUACCUGUACAGCGACGGUUUCACUCUGUUGUGUAAACGAGCGCCACAUCCUGUUAGGAUGUAAACUGAUGUUCCGUGUUUUAUCCCUGUAACGCCUGAGCUUUCUGUUCAGACCUCCUGAAGCAUUUCUCAGGUUUUAAUGCCAGCAUCCCGACGUCCACAAAAUCCCUUUGUGUUUUACAUUAAACAGACCUGAAGAACAGACUGUUGACUCUGAUUUAAAGGAAAAAAGGUGUUGACAUUUCAGAUAUUUUUAGAUCUCUGAGCUUCUGAAGUGACUUUUUAAUUGGAGGUGCACUGAUUGUAGUUUUCUGGCCGAUCACCAAUCUUUAAUUUCUUUUUCAUACCAUUUUUUUAAUAACUGAUUUUGUCAGGGGUUUAACUGUGACAAUAUACGUCACAGUUACAAUCUUAUUUUAUUGAGAAACACUGAACAAUACCUGUGAAACAAUACAAACUUGUUUUAACUGCUCAUGAGGGAGAACUCUCAAGUGUAAAUGAAAAACUUAGAGCAUUAGCUUUGAAAUUCCAAACUCAGAAAUUUUACAAUCUAAACAUUUUCUGAGAUUAAUCCCAAAAUUUCUGAUUUUUUUUUGGGGGGGGAGAGAAAUUUACUCCUUUUUUAAUCUCUGUGCAAUAGCCCUAAUAUGUUGUCGUAGACAUAAAAAUAUUGGGGAAGCAGAACUUUUUUAAAUGUUUGGGCUGAGAUUACAACUUCAUUGAAGCUUGUAAUAAAAGAACAGCAGAGGGCGCUGUGACCCAUCGUUUGAAUGUUAGAGAUGUUUUAGUUGUCCUUUGAUUAUUUCUCAUCUGACCAAAUCUAUCAGUCAUGUUGAUCCACAUAACUGGAUAUUUUCUCUUAUUUUAUAAACCCAAACUAAAAAGGUGGGUUGUAUGAAAGUAGAUAAUGUUUUUCCUGAAAUACUCAGAGCAGCUUGUCUGGCUUCAGAGUCUCUUUACUCUCUUUCCUUCACAUUUUGAACAGGUGUGCAUAAUAAAACUUUUCUUAUUCCCAA